AUGCAACCGGCAUCGAAAGGUUUGCCCAACAGUGGUCAAAAACCGCAACCUCGAGACGCUUCCCAGCAAAAACAAUUGCUACAAUCGACGCAAAGUAGUAAGUCUGUGCCAACGAAGAAGAAGACUAAGCAUCAAAUUUUGAGACAGUUUAAGUUGAUAUCUGUGAACUUUAAAGAAGCAGCAUUGGAUAGUCCUAGCUUUCGAGCUUCCGUAAAUCACUUAGACAUACAAUUGAGCAAUAUAGAGCAAUGGCUAGUGGCCAUAAGCUCAUCUUUGAAAAAAAUGCCGAGAUAUAUUAAGGAAGUGGAAACCUUUUGCAACUCGUUCUUGGAGUAUUUAUUUCCAAGUUUUUUGCAGGAAGGGUUCAUAAAUCAGGAAUACAGCUCGCAAGCUUUACAAGCAACUCUAGCCGGCUUGAAAGAAAUCUGGGGUAGAAGUUUGUUUGCGUUGAACCUAAACCCAUCGGUUUUGAACGAAUUGAUUCAGUUUCGAACAACGAAUGUAGUCAAGUAUCGGGAAUUGCGACAGAGGUUUGAAUCGAGCCAACGAAAGUACGACAGGUAUACAAGCGUAUUUGCGAGUUCAUCAAAGUCUAAAGAUGCAGUAAUGGUUAUGGAGGAUGCCAAACAAUUGUACCAAGUACGAAAGGAGUAUUUACACGUAUCACUUGAUCUUGUUUGUGAAUUGCAGAACUUGAGUGGGACUUUGGAUAGGCUACUUGUAUCGCUAGUAACCAGUCUCUGGGAGAAAAAGUAUUCAAUAUUUGCAAUGGGCCAACCCAACAACCCCCUCAGAAAGAAUUACGACCAAAUUAAAAGGGUACUGAGCUGGAGCAAUUCUAUUGUGACUGCGUCAGAUGAGCUCAGAAAUGACAUGUUGCUUGCGCGCAAGCAAGUGGAGGACGGGUCGAACGCUCAAUUCCAACCUUCUUUGAAUGCUAAUGAUUACAAAGUAGCAACAAUAAGCUAUAAAUCUUUGCGCAAUAUAAAUGAGCCUGCAUUUGAGAAGCACGGCUACUUGUUUAUGAAAACAUGGACAGAGAAAAGCCCAAAAACAAUCUGGGUAAGGAGAUGGUGUUUCAUAAAGAAUGGAGUGUUUGGGAUGUACUUGUUGAGCCCGGAACAAACAUCAGUACAAGAAAGUGACAAGAUUGGUAUUUUUCUCUGUAAUAUGAGGUACGCACCAAAUGAGGACAGAAGGUUUUGUUUUGAUAUAAAGACAAGUGACACUACUAUAACGUUACAAGCAGAGGCGCUUAUUGAGCUAAAGUCAUGGUUGAAGGUGUUUGAAAAUGAGAAGGACCGCAUUUCCGCGUUGCCACCAGAAGAUGACCUAUUCAGGGUCGCCUCUACUAGAUUUCCGCCAAUAUUUGCCGAAUUUGCCUCGACUGAAAAUACGACUAUGGAUCAGGAAUUGUCUAGUCUGAAGAUUGUUAAUUCUACCGGACAGACAAUAGUAUCCAGUUCAAUGAUACGCAACGUCGACAGAUUCUGCAAGUUGUAUGGGGUUAAUUUGUAUGCGGAUAUGCCUCGAGUUCAUCCCCCGUUUAUGACUGACAGAACCAAAGACUCGUUUGUUGCUUAUUGUAGCAGCUUCAGGGCUAUAGAUAUUCCCCAAGCUUUGACAGCUAAUGUAUGGGGAUCGGUGAAUUGGGGGUUAUAUUAUCUCCAAGGAGCAAUUGACCGCACUGAUAUUUUUCCCCGGGCCCCGAUAGUUAGAGAUGACACAAUGAUAGAGUUUCAGGAAAAGUACCACGGUUCAGCGGUCCCUUAUCCCCAGUUCUACCCACGAGAGUUGAUAACCUUUGACAUUCAAAUGCGUGCAUUAUUUGAAACCAUAGUUGAAGCAGGAGAAUACUGUAUUAUGUCUUUUUGUUGCAUUUGGGCCCCAAAUUCAAAACAGGAAUUGAGUGGGCGUUGCUUCUUGACCACGCGUCACGUAUACUUUUACAUGCAGGCUUUGGGGUUUGUUGCAUUAUACAAAUCAUAUAUUGGUGAAUCUGUGUCUGUUGAAGUUGUGAGUCAAACGGACUUUGAUACUUUAAAAGUUUACUAUGUCGACGGCGUCAUAAAGUUGAAGUUAUUUAUGGAAGAUGCAAAAAUGAUAAAAACAAAAUAUCUUUAUCUUAUAGAUAACAUCAUCAGUGACAGCCCAAAGAAUCUUCAAGGAGUGUUGAACAAAUUUAAAGAAAUUGAAGCCCAAGUACACCAGGAAGCGCAGGACAAGGAGAUAAUCCAAGAAAUCAACAACUUAACGAAAAACUUGUCAAAUAAGGCUUUGAUAAAUAACAGGUUGUUGAUUGGUGGGGAUGCAGCUUCGAUAUCACCUAACAAACGUGGCACAGUGACAUCAUACCGAGUCGAUUUCACCCCUCAAUUUUAUCUAGUGGGUGAAAAGACUUACCCUUUGCCUCCAAAAGCCGUAUUCCAUGCUUUGUUGGGCGACGACUCAGAUAUAUUCAACAGGGAAACUGCAACUGUCAAGUUUGGCUUUCAGGUGAAGAAACCGUGGAGAUUUGUCAACGAGAAUGGUAAUAAUUUGUACCGUCGAGGGGUAAUGCCAGUUUUACUAAAUGGUAAGAAAAAACAAUUGGAAUACAACCAAGUUAUUGAAAGAAUGGAUGACAAUACUUAUUAUGUUUUCACACAUAAGCUUUCGCAGUUUAGUUUAGGCCUAGGCUCACCUUUUACUACGGUGGGAAAGUUUGUCGUUGUUGGCACCGCAGGGAAACGAACUAAGAUUUACUUCUAUUCACAAACUACUUUUGAACACAAUUCGCCUUGGAAUCCACUAAUUAAGCAAAUAGUAAGGAGCAUUUCUUUAGAUCAGGUAUCGAAAAUCAAUUACAAAUUAAAGAAUGCCGUCAAAGCUAUAGGAACACAUGGGCAGAUUGUCAAAGCCAUUUAUUUGUACGGAAAAUUGAGUCACACGAAUGAGCCAGACACGGAGGUACUUCCGCUAAAACCACCUACAGUUCAGCUUGGCAUGGAUGAUUGCAAAACUACUGUUACAUAUUGGACUGUACACAGGGGUAAUUCUUUAGCCAGUGAAUUUGUGAAACAAAACCCAUUGCUCUUGCAAAGGGCGGUAUAUUCCCAAGAUGUGAUGGAUGAAUUCAAGAGUAAGAUGAGUGCGUUGAACUCGACUGUUUCAAGCAGUAAACCCUUUGAGCUUUUUGAAGCAGAGUCUUUCACUUAUAAUUACCAAAACCUAUCAAAAUUAUUCAACGAUGAUGAGACUCUUUCCAAUAGUGAUACUCAAGAAAUUCAUAAGAAAUUGAGAGCCGAAUUUAGGGCAAUCGGUGUUGAGCGGUACAACUUGUUGGUUGAAUUGAGACUUUUGCAGAAUAAAGAAAAAGAAAUCACGCAGAGAGAAUUCACAAACUGGUUGCUAAAUGAGAUUGAUAGAUGCGACUCUAUGCAGGAACCCAUGCAGGAAGAAAGCAAAGUUUACCCAUCAAUCGUUGGUGGCAAAGAGAUCUUUAAUGAGGACGACGAAAUCGUUGUCAAAAGUGCGUCCAAUGAGAUAUUGCACCGCUUUGCACAUUUUUCGAUAUCUGAUAAGUCUAUGAACCAAUUGAUAAUCAAUGCGAAGGAAGGCUUUAGUGAAUGGUCUUCUAUCCCAACUGAAGAAAAGGUCAGGAUUUUUAACAAGACCCAAGUGCUCUUGAAAGAAAGAAGAUCAGAGUUUGUUGAAAGUCAUCUAGAGAUUGGCGGUCCUGGGUGGUUUGCUGACUUUAAUGUCGAUGGAACUAUAGAUCAACUCCAGGAGUACACGAGUCAAUUGUCACGAUCACCAGGGGAAAUAGUUCAAUCCUCACAUAAUGAUUUAGCAUUGACUGUCAAGCAACCCAUUGGUCCUGUGUUAUCGAUUUCACCUUGGAAUGCUCCAGUUAUUUUAGCUGGAAGGUCUAUAUUGGCGCCACUAGCAGCCGGGUGCUCAGUUAUCCACAAGUCAAGUGAGAAAUCUCCAAGGUCCAGUUAUCUUUUAGUUAAAUGUUUUCUUGAUGCGGGUGUUCCACCUAAAGCGUUGCAGUUGGUUCACCUCAAGCCCGAAGAGAAUCCCGUUUUCAUUGAUGACGUUUUGAAGUCCGGUGCAAUUAAAAAGGUAAACUUUACUGGUUCGACAAUGGUGGGAAGGAAAAUUGCGGAAAAGUGUGGCAGAUACUUGAUCCCAUAUUUGUUAGAAUUGGGUGGGAAAAAUUUGUCCAUUGUUUUAUCUGAUGCUAACUUGGACAAGGCAGCUGGGGCCAUUUUAUUUGGCGCUUGGUCCCAUAGGGGGCAAAUUUGUAUGAGCACCGAUAAAGUAUUUGUGGAUGAGGAGAUUUACGGCAAAUUCAAGUCCAAAUUAGUCGAAGUAGCUCAGGAAUUCUCAAAGGAUAAGGAUCACCAAUUGAGCCAUAGAGAUGUGCUCGGUAGAGACAAAGUGAUGGAUUUGGUUGAAGAUGCUAUACAAAAGGGAGCGAAAUUGGUGUAUGGUCUGUUUGAUAAGAAUAAAAUUUUAAAAUCAAACGUUAUUGAACCAAUGGUAUUGGAAGAUGCGGACUCUCUGAUGUCCAUAUACACACAGGAGACAUUUGGGCCCGUUUUCACAAUACACAAAUUCAAAGAUGUGGAAGAUGUCAUUACCGAGGUCAAUAAUCAUAGUUAUGGUUUGAAAGGAGCAGUUUGGUCCACAAACAUAAUCAAGGCUCUUAACAUUGCGAAGAAAUUGGAAAUCGGUGGUGUCCAUAUAAACUCGCCAACAAUUUCAGAUGAAGCAACAGUGCCUCAUGGAGGAGUUAAAUCCAGUGGAGUUGGAAGAUUCAAUAGUCACUGGGGUAUGGAUGAGUUUCUGAUCAUUAAAGCAAUUACAAUCAACGAGUAA